CUGGCAAAUCUAUUUUGCCCACCGUCUUUUCCUUCACCAUUAAAACCCACUGUUACUGUCUUUUUUUUCACCAUAGACAUCAAAAAAUAAAUCCUCUUUUCCUUGUCUUUAUCCUACUUUCAGUACAAUAUACAUAGAUCGAGUUACACAUAGCGGCGGACAUUGAUGGCAGAUGAAGGAGAUGAACUGUGACUGGAUUUCAGCAGCGAAAAAUUCGAGGGGUAAAUUGGUACUUCUAUACUUGGAUGUGAUUAUUGGUUGACGUUAAGGCAUGGCUAAGAUUAGAGAUAGGACUGAAGACUUUAAAGAUGCUGUCAACAGGGGUGCCAUGUCGUUAGGAUUUAACGAGUCUAAAAGGGCAGCUCUAAUGGCAUCGUUUAUAAUACACAAACCUCGGGAGAGAUCAAAUUUCACAAAGGCUGCAAUGAAGACGCUAGAGAGCAUUGGGACACUAGAACAGUUCUUGAUAAAGCAUAGGAAGGAUUAUGUAGACCCUCAUCGUACGACAGAAGAGGAGAGAGACAGCAUCGAGCAUGAAGUUAGUAAUUUUGUUAAAGCCUGUAAAGAACAGAUCGACUUUCUACAAACUAGCAUAACGAACGAAGAAUUGAAUUCAAAGGGCUGGCUUGGCAUAAGGGGUGGCAAGGCUAAUGCCGAUACUGUUGCACAGAAACAUGGCGUGGUUUUGAUUUUAAGUGAAAAGCUUCAUUCGGUCACGUCACAGUUUGAUCAGCUCAGAGCUGUACGCUUUCAAGAGGCUAUUAAUCGAGCUAUGCCUAGAAGAAAACCAAAACGGGCUCCUGUGAAAACUUCUGUCGAUGUCUCUCAAUUUAGUAACAAUACAGAAUUGAGGGAGCCAACAAGUUCAGAGACCAGGGACCCUGGUGAAAUCCAAGCUGAACCCAUGAAAGUCCAGCAGCAACUUUUAGAUGACGAAACACGUGCUCUUCAGGUGGAGUUGUCAAGUCUUCUUGAUGCUGCCCGUGAUACUGAAACAAAGAUGGUAGAAAUGUCAGCAUUGAAUCAUCUCAUGUCGACGCAUGUCUUGCAACAGGCUCAACAAAUAGAGUAUCUGUAUGAUCAGGCGGUUGAAGCAACUAAGAAUGUAGAGUUGGGUAACAAGGAAUUGACUCAAGCUAUCGAUCGAAAUAGUAGUAGCAGGACAUUUCUUCUGCUUUUCCUAAUUGUCCUAACUUUUUCCAUUCUUUUUCUUGACUGGUACAGUUAAAACUCAUAUCAAUCUGUUAACUUACAUCCAUAUUUAUCUAUGAUAUUUCUAUGAAACUAGUGCAGAAAA